CUUCCGUAGUGAAUGACAAGCUCGCUCUCACAUAAGAGGUGGCUGCACUGAGUCCAUGGCCAAUAUCCGCACCAUGCCCGCCAACAUUCCUAGCCACCGACUGCAAUCACCAUGCUCCCCAUUCUCGUCAUCUGCGUCUUGCUCCCGCUGGCCGCGUCCGUCUUUCUUCGGAUGGUCCUCGACUCUACCCAAGACGGCCAAGAACCACCCCCCGUCGACUUGCCUAUGCCCUUCAUCGGUCCCAUUAUUCGCAUGUGGUGGAUGGGAUUUGACUACUAUAGAAAGCAUCGCCAAUUCCCCAUCUAUACGAUCCGUCUACCGGGCAUACGGCUGUAUGUGGUCAACUCCACCUCCCUCAUCUCGGCCGUGCAGCACCAUCCUCGAACGCUCUCCUUUUCCCCGAUCCUGGCCCGGGUUGCAGCCACCUUGAUUGGGGCCAGCGACGCUGGUUGUGAAGUCUUGGGCGAUGAUGCAGAGAACGGCUUCAUCCGCCGGUUCCAUGACUUCAACCACUCCAGUUUGUCGACCGGGCCUGGCUUGGAGGUCAUCCGAACGAGAUUCUGGAACCUCGUCACCUCGUCUCAUUCCAGGCAAUUCCUCGAGUCUCCCGGGUUUACCGGUAUGUAUCAAUGGAUCUCCCACGAGGUCAUGCUGGCCACCUCGGAAUCCAUGUACGGCGCGCAGAACCCGUUCCGAGAUUCUGCAACCCGCGCAGCCUGGCAGUUCGUUGAACCCCCAUUGCCUCCCUGA